AUGAACCAGAAAGUUGUGCUCAUCACUGGCUGCUCCUCUGGCAUUGGCCUAGCACUGGCCGUCCGCAUUGCCAAGGAUGAGAAGAAGAGAUUUAUGGUGUACGCUACCAUGAGGAAUCUUACAAAAGCAGAGCCACUCAUAGAGGCAGCAGGCCGGACACUGGGCAGGACCCUGGAGGUCAAGCAGCUGGAUGUGUGCGAUGAGAAGUCCAUAAAGGCCUGUGUGGACAGCCUCCCUGACAGGAGGGUUGACAUCCUCAUCAGCAAUGCUGGGAUGGGUCUGAUUGGGCCCAUUGAGUGUCAGUCCAUAGAGGAGAUGAAGACUGUCAUGGACACCAACUUCUUUGGUCUGGUACGGCUCCUAAAGGAGAUCCUGCCAGACAUGAAGAGGAGGAAGAGUGGUCACAUUGUGGUCAUCAGCAGUGUCAUGGGCAUCCAGGGUAUAUUGUUCAACGACAUUUAUGCUGCCUCCAAGUUUGCUGUAGAGGGGUUUUGUGAGAGCCUCGCUGUCCAAGCAUUGAGGUUUAAUCUGAACAUAAGCCUGAUUGAGCCUGGCCCGGUGGUGACAGAGUUUGAGCGUAAGGUUUACGAAGAAGGCCUGAAGACAGACCUAUCUACAGCAGACAAAGUCACGGCUGACAUGUUUACCAACAUCUACCUGAAAAAUUAUUACCAGAUCUUUGAAAGCCUUGGACAGACACCAGAGGAUAUAGCAGAGCACACGCACAAGAUCAUCACCAUGGAGAACCCACCAUUCCGCCAUCAGACCAAUACCCUCUAUACACCUAUGACAACCCUAAAGUAUGCAGACCCCAAUGGUGACCUGCCCAUUGAUACCUUUUACAAGAUGGUAUUUGAGCAUGACAAGGUCUUCAACGCCAGCCUCAAUUUCCUUAAGCUGCUACGCUGGAGGAGUCGCAAGAGCUUCACCCUGGACAAACCACAGUCUUAGAGCUC